GCCAAUGAGAUAUGACUUCAGGGAGUGUAUACAGCAUGCAAAACAUAAGAAGGUUUUCUUUCACCUUGUAGAGAAUCUUUGACCGGACACCGCUAAUACUGUCACCUGCAGGUUUUAAUAAUGUCUGGCAUCAAAGGACGUAAGUGCACACCUGUAAUAAGAAGGCUGAUUCUCUGGAUUUUAUUGACCAACGUUAUGCUUGUACUGUACUGCUUGACCAACACAACCCAUGUGAAGAUGAGGGGCUCCAAAGAAGACACAUGUCCUCUCAGCAUGGCAAAAUUAUUAAAGAGAAACUUGACAGCACCCUCUGAAAGCACAAAGUCAAAGUCUGAAGAGUGCUCCCCCACAGGGAACAUCAUGUUCAUGAAGACCCAUAAAACUGCUAGUAGCACAAUACUUAACAUCCUCUUCAGAUUUGGAGAAAAGCACAAGCUUAAGUUUGCCUUCCCCGAUGGGCGCAAUGACUUCUUCUACCCAUCGCCUUUCCUGUGCUCCCAGGUGAAGGACUACAAGCCCGGCGAGUGUUUCAACAUCGUUUGCAACCACAUGCGCUUCGACCAUGAAGAAGUAGCCAAGCUCCUGCCUCCAGAUGCUGUGUACAUCACCAUCUUACGUGACCCCGUGGAUCUCUUUGAGUCUUCCUUCCAUUACUACCACAGAGCAGUUCCCCUCACGUGGAGGAUCAGUGGAGAGAACAAGCUGGCAGAGUUUCUAAAUAAUCCUCACACCUUCUACAGUCCAGAGGCUUACAACUCAUUCUAUCUUAAAAAUCUGCUCUUUUUUGACUUUGGUUUUGAUAACAACCUCGAGGCAGAUGAUCCCCGUGUGAUGAGGUUUAUUCAUAACUUAUCGAAACGUUUUCAUCUGGUGCUCAUAGCAGAAUAUUUUGAAGAAUCUCUUAUCCUGCUUAAGGACGCGCUCUGUUGGACUAUGGAAGAUAUCAUUUAUUUUAAGCUCAACGCUCGCAAGAGCUCAUCUGUAUCUCGACUGACCCCUGAGCUGAGAGCCAAAGCUUUACAGUGGAACGGGGCUGAUUGGAGACUCUAUCAGCACUUCAAUGCUACCUUCUGGGCCAGAGUAGAAGCAUAUGGGAAAGAGAGAAUGAAACAGGAAGUAAACGAGCUGAGGAGAAGAAAUGCUGAAAUGAGGGCCAUCUGUAUUGAGGGAGGACAUGCGGUUGAAGCCCAAAAGAUUCAGAACAGACGUUUCCUGCCCUGGCAGCCAGUAGGAGAGUCUUCCAUCCUGGGGUACAACAUGAAGAGGGAUAUUGACCCCAAAUUCAGAAUGAUCUGUGAAAAAAUGCUCACGCCUGAAAUACAAUACUUAUCAGACCUGGGCGUAAGCCUGUGGCUUACUAGACUAUGGGGUUGGUUAAAAGAUGUUUUUUACUGA